GCUAACUGUUGGCCAAUUGAAACACCAGUCCCUGAGUAUCGGUGCGGCACUUGUGGCCAGUGGUGUCACCAAAACGGAUAAAAUAGCAUUCUAUGGCCACAACUCUAUACAACAUUCGGUACUCAGAUUUGCGGCAUAUUUUCUGGGUCUAACCAUUUGUCCGUUUAGUCCUACAUUUGGGGCCUACGAAGUUGGCCAUGAAUACCGGUCUACCGGUUCAACGAUUAUAAUGACAACCAACGAGGACUUACCUAAAUUCAAGGAUGUCAUCGAUAACAACAACACCAACACCGAUAAUGUUGUUAAACUGGUGGUCAUAUUUGAUGGCCAACACAAUCAUCAUCUGACAUACGAUCAGCUGCUCAUCGAUGGACAGUCGUUAUUAUUAUUAUUAUUAGCAGCAGCAGCAGCACGUGUACCCUAUUUUGAUGUCGAUCCCGAUAACGACCCGUUCCUCUAUAUACAUACAUCGGGCAGUACUGGUUCACCCAAGUGUGUUAAACUCAAGCACCAGUCGAUAUUGAUACUGAUGCAUGAGCGUGGUCAUUUUCUAGACCCGGACAUAGUUUCAUCGCCCGGUGCUUUGAAAAAACAUUGUAUAGCUUUUCCCUAUCCGUUUGGCCACAUCAGCGGAUCGGCAAUACUACCGUUGCAACUAUGUAUGGGUUAUCCACUAGUUAUCUACAGUCAGUUUGAUGAUCAUCUGCUGUUCCAGUCGGUCGAAACCUAUAGGAUAACAUUUUUGGGUACAUUUCCAUCGUUUGGCCGCCGAUUAGUCGAUCCGGACGUAUUCAGCAGAUAUGACAUGUCUAGCCUACAGAUAGUCAAUACGGGUGGCGCCGCCUUUCCCGGUAACAUUGCCCGGGAUAUCAUUGAUAAAUAUAAUGUUAUAUUUAGAGAGGGUUACGGUAUGACUGAAUAUCUGUUUAUAACUGCCGGCCGUAAUAUUGCCGAUGAAUUUAAAUCGGGAAACUGUGGACCAGUAUCGCCGGGUACUGAAUGCAAAGUAGCCGAUUUGGCCACUGGCCAACCGUUGGGACCGAACAGUGACGGUGAACUGUGUGUACGCGGAUUGAAACUAUUUGCCGGUUAUGUCAACAACGAUCGGGCCUUUGGGGAGGCAUUUGAUUCGGACGGUUGGUAUAUGACUGGCGAUAUUGGCCACUACGACCUGAGCGGUAAUAUCUAUAUUACCGAUCGCCUAAAAGAGAUCAUACGUGUGGCCGACGGUAAUCUCUAUGUUAAUGUUAGUCCCGUCGAAAUCGAACAGUUUUUGUUGACCCACCCGUCCAUUGCCGAAGCGGCUGUAGUGGAUGUCAACAAUCGGUCGGGUAGUCAAUGGCCCCGGGCUUACGUCAAACUCAAUAGUGGACAGACUACUGUUGUUAGCGAUAUAGAUAUUAAAAAAUUUGUAGCAGAUACAUUAGCUUAUACUAAGCAACUAAAAGGUGGUGUACAGUUUGUCGAUAAUAUUAAACGUAUAAAUAUUGGCAAAGUUGAUCGUAAAUUUUAUCGCAACAUGAAGCGGAUAAAACUAAUGCAAAAACUUCUGCUAAAAGAUAUUCAAUUGAAAUCCAAACAAGGAUUUCGGAUCAAAUGUGGUCGACUUGUUUGGCCAUUCAAUAAGUUAACCGAUGCUAUCGUCAAAAGUCAGGAACCGGUAGUCAAAGAGAUUGUUCAGAAAGAGUUAGCAAACUAUAUGGGAAAAGCCAUUCAUAAUAUGAAAUUUGAAGAUUUAUUCAAAUAA